CCAAAAGAAAAAAUCGGCGGUCGUACCCUGUACUAGGGUUUGCUUUUCCGGCGACAACCUUGGUUGUCUGGCCCGAUCGGCUGUGGUAGGUCAGUUCUUCGGCAGGAGGGAGGUGAACAGGUGCGCUUGGUUGGGGAUCCGGCUGGUGCAGGGUUGUGUCGAAGGUGAGCGCGGGUUCUACGAUCGCAAUAGGGGAGUGCUUUGGUGCAUUGCGACUCAAUUAUCGCUCCUCUCGUUUCGAUUCCAGAUAUGAUUCUCGAGGAAGAGAAGAGGGGGAUCGCUAUCGGUUCGGAUGGAGACGGCACAGGGGUGAUCGAUGAAGAAGAAGAAGAAGAAGAGGUGGCCGAAUUGAAGAAAAACUGCUUUGGUGCGUCAGGAAUCGUAGCAAUGGUCCGGCCUCUUCCUGAACCACCGCCAGGGAUUGAACAAGGGCCGCCGCCAUUGCAUAUCGGUCAAAGUCAAACAGACGUGUUUCGGGAUCGUCGUACAAAGUCUUUGCUCGACCAAUUGGAGAAGAAGCCACCCGUUGGAGAUGGUAUGAUCCUUGACAAUGAAGAGGAUCAAGAUGGCAAGUUGGACCUUAAUCUCAAACUUUAAGAAGUUAAUUAUUAGUUUCUUUAUUUUGAUUUAUUAAGAUUUUUUUUAUCUUUUUUUAUCUUUUUUUUUACUCUAUGGGGGCUCUGGAGGAGGGUGGCUGAGGGGCCUGUAGUAACCAGGGCUGAAACUCACUCCAUUGAGUUUCGAACCCGAGACCUCCCGUAAAGGAGAAUGAAUCGGCAAUUAGAUGGGCUGAAUUGCUUCCUCGAUUUAUUAAGAUAAAUGUUUAGUUUACUUCUUUUUUUAUGAUUCUAUUUUAUUUGAGGCUAAAGGGUGUGCUUAAAACAUACCUAUAUAGUCUUGUUUAGCUUUUGAAUAUCGGUAUUAAUUAUAUAUCAUGGUUCAAUUGUGUGAUGUGGU